AUGUCCGACCCUAGACUCGUUGAUAUGGAACCUGGCGGAGAAAGCACCCAAUAUGAGUCUAUCCGCGAAUUUACAAAGAGUCCCCCCAGGGCGACCGGACAACUAGGUGGCGGCGGUGAGCACUCUAAGAGCCAAGAGAGCCCCAGUCUAGGAACGCAUACUCCAGCUUCGACCAAUGACGAUGAUAUCCAAGCACAGAAGCUAGGAAUGGGAGUAAUCACCGAGCCCAGUAAAGAUAAACAGAAACAUGGCGUGGACGAGGAAGCGGCCAGGACCCGCAGAGCGCAGGGAUAUGGGCCUGGGUCUGGUGUCGGGGCUUAA